AUGGCAUCUACCACCCACCUCGACCUUAAGCCAACCUUGGCUCGCCUCCCUCCUCCACCGCCAGCAGACCUGCGAUCUCAAGUCCAGACACUUCUCCGCGAUCCGAGUUCCAAGGUUCCCAUCCUGGUCGCCCUCGAUGACGACCCGACAGGCACCCAGACCUGCCACGAUAUCAAUGUGCUCACCGUCUGGGACACGCCGACCCUCGUGUCCGAGUUCCGCGCCACGAGCAGCGGCGGCGGCUUCUUCAUCCUUACCAACUCGCGCGCUCUUCACCCGGGACCCGCUCGAGCCCUGAUCACCGAAAUAUGCGCAAACCUCAAGGUGGCAUCGGCCGAGACGGGAACGCCCUUUGAGAUUGUCCUCCGCGGUGACAGCACCCUCCGUGGCCACUUCCCCCUCGAGGCCGAGGCCGCCGAGGACGUGCUCGGUGUAGCCGACGCAUGGCUACUCUGCCCGUUCUUCUUGCAAGGUGGGCGGUACACCAUUGACGAUGUACAUUAUGUGGCCGAGGGGGAGGUGCUCGUGCCAGCGGCAGAGACGCCGUUUGCCAAAGACGCCACCUUUGGGUACAAGAGCUCGAAUCUGAGAGACUACGUGGUUGAGAAGAGCAAGGGGGUAAUUCCUCAAGAGAAGGUCACAAGUCUCAGUCUUGAUACCAUCAGGAACGGUGGCCCCGGCAAGGUGCUGGAGCAGCUCAAGAGUGUAGCCAAGGGAACCGUCAUCGUUGUUAAUGCAGCUGCCGAGGCGGAUGUUGAUGUGGUUAUUCUCGCGCUCCUCAAAGCUGCCACCGAUGGCAAACGGUUCCUGUUCCGGACCGGAGCUGCUUUUGUAUCUGCGCGCCUUGGUAUUGCACCUAUCCCGCCCAUUUCAGCCAAGCAACUCAACCUUUCUGGAGCUGUUGGUGGGCUCAUCAUAGCUGGAUCAUACGUACCGAAAACGACAGCACAGCUAGAUGUGUUGAGGACAAAGAGUGGAAACAAUCUGAAAAGUGUGGUGAUUGAUGUGCGAACACUGCUGAAGUCGGAAGACAGCGCCAGAGACGAGAUGGCAAAAGCUGUCAAGACUGCCGAGGAGGAAAUCCAACUUGGUCAAGAUGUGCUGGUAAUGACGAGCCGUGAAUUGAUCAUUGGUGAUGACGAGACCCAGAGUUUGGACAUAGGCUCCACUGUAGCCAAGGCAUUGGUGUCGUUCCUUGUCGACCUCAAGACGAAACCACGCUAUGUCAUUGCAAAAGGAGGCAUCACAUCGUCGGAUAUGGCUACCAAAGGCUUACGGAUGAAGAAGGCGGCUAUUGUAGGUCAAGCUGCUCCCGGUGUUCCUCUCUGGCGCUGCGACGAGCCAACGGCCAAAUGGCCAGGUCUGCCAUAUGUAGUGUUUCCAGGUAAUGUCGGCUCCAAUGAUACCUUGUACGAGGUUGUAGAUGGUUGGAGAGUAUAG